UUAAAAUAUUCAUAUACGUAAGUCAUAUAUGUUCAGACCAGAAGCCCUAAGUUCAAACAGUAUACCAUGCAACCAAGAAAAGAUCAGAGGAAAAACAUAGUAGUAAUGUAUUCAACCUCAACAAGAAAGUAAAGUAAGAAAAUAGUUUCUUCAACCGUUGAACUCUAGGGUUUAUCAUUUCAGCUCUGAGAAAAUGGAGGUUCCUGCCUCAACUAAAUUCACAUGGAAAAUUGACAACUUUUCCCAAUUGACUAAAAGGAAACUACAUUCAGACAUUUUCAUUGCUGGAAGAUGUAAAUGGCGUGUUCUUAUUUUCCCGAAAGGAAACAAUGUGUUUGAUAACUUGUCAAUUUACCUGGCCAUUGCUGACCCGAUGAAUUUGCCUCAUGGUUGGAGCAGAGAUGCUGAUUUUAGCCUGUCGGUAAUUAAUCAAUUCAAUAACAGGUUGACGGUUAUAAAAGAUGUAAAACAUGUGUUCAAUGAAAAAACAAGCUUUUAGGGUUUCGCAUCUUUCAUUCCUCUUUGCAAAACAUGUAAUCCUGCUGCCGGGU